UGCACGUCGGUACGGGUGCGGCCGGCCAGCGCGACGUCCCUCACGACCGUUUCGGCAGGAGAUUGGUUCAGGUCUUCACGAGAAACGAGAACGGCAGCCUGGAUAACUUGACCGAGAAACUCGCCGCGGCCGGGUACACGCUGUCUUUUUACACGACCGGAAUAGACGUCGCCGUGGAUGCAGCGAUGCGUGCGGCGAUUGUCGACAAAGAGGGAAUCUUCAGCCUGCCGGAAGAAGUCUUCACCUACCCGAACCUGCCGUGGGACAUACGAAAGAUGUGGGGACAACACGGCGUGAACGCGUACGAAGAAUAUCGUCCGAUAUUGAACCGCCCCGAGGAUCCUACGGUGUGGGCCUGCAGUGGCGCUGGAUCGCGGCAAGUUCUCGCAGACGAUGGUGAAUCGUGGCCCGAGAGCCAAGAUUCGGACAACUUUUUUUUUCGAAUUGUACCAUGCAGCACGUUUUUGGAAAGCCGAUGUUUCGUCGCGAAAAGCGAAAUUCCGAACUCGGGUCACGGCCUGUUCCUAGCACGACACAAGUUCCCCAUCGAGAGCGGGGCGCAUAUCUGCCUUUACGCCGAACGAAGCACCACCGAGGAAGAAAUGAACAAAAACAGCAGCUCUCGUUCCUACGCGAUAUUCGUGCACAGAAAAAAACGAUGGUUCGACGCGGAGGUGGAAACGGCCAAUAAUUUGGGACGAUUUGCAAAUCAGCCGUGGGUGCUCGAAGCAUUCAAGCACAUACGAACUCUUUCGUCAGCGGAAAGGCCCCCUCUGACGGAAGAGGAUUGGGCGAAAACCGAAAGUCGAAUAGACGAACAGUGCAACGCUCGCUUCGACACGACCGGGGAACAGUUAGUUCUACGAACGAAACGGCGCUUGGAGCCCUCGAAACGUCCGACGGAGAUACUGGUGAACUACGGUGGGCUUCGCUCCUACUGGAUCCCGUUGUUAAGACAACGCCGUGAUGAUGAAGUGCUACCAGAAAGCCUGAGAGAAAUCGUUGCGUGGCUUUUCGAGUCCCCAGAAUGCAACUGGUCGACCGAGCAAAGAACUAAAUGGACGUUUAUGUGAACUGAAAAGAACAUGCAACCAAUUUGAACAUAAUAGUUGAACAUUUAAGCCGGACAUUUCACUGAAAAUUUAGGCUAUUUAUUUAUUUUGUUGCUUCUGUAUUGAAAAUGUACAUAUGUCAGGAAAUAAAGUUUUUUUCUGGCCAAAGCUAGAUAUUAAUAACCCUUUUGUCACUACUUGUAUAUACAGUGUGUAUCAGGAAUGAAACAUGCGUGCAUUAUUAAUGAUAAGCUUAAAGCUUACCCGAUUUAU